AUGCUCCCACCCGCUGUGGCAGGACUCGCUGGCACAGCAUCUGGGAAGGACAAUGCGCGCCAUUUCCCCCUUACUCGCCGCUCAAUUCGUCGCCGUGGCUCUCAUAUUGACGCGGAUCAUAUUGCAAGCUACGCAGACUCUAUAAGGGCAAAGUACAGCUCGAUAUCGCUGUAUGCUGGCCCACAGAGUCAACUGAGCCGCAGGGCGACGACCACCGAUAUCAGGACACUACUGGAACCCAGCGACGAGCGGUAUCUUGCCCUCAUCGAGGUUGGUACUCCGCCCCAGACUCUCUAUGUUGUACUUGAUACGGGCUCUUCGGAUCUUUGGUUCGCGACAACGGCAUGUAACUGCACCGACGGGGCCCAGUUUGAUGUUUCGCAGUCGUCCUCGCUCAGUACCUCCUCGAUACCUAUUCAACUCGAUUACAACAGCGGAAACGCUUCAGGAAUACUUCUACAAGACACCGUCACCCUGGGAUCGUAUACAGUGCCCGACCAAAUCUUCACGGGGGUCACGCAGGUCCAGACUGGUGUCACUUUUGGACUGGAGGCGGGGUUCCUCGGAUUGGCAUUCGGAGCUAUAGCGGUCUCUGGCGCUACGCCGUUUUGGCAAGCCCUGAUCAACGCGGGAGACCUCAGUGCGCCCGAGAUGGCCUUCUAUCUGACGAGAUCUAGUGAUGUGGCGACGAAUACGGCUGAUUUACCUCCUGGUGGAACUUUCACGCUCGGCGGCACAAACAGCAGCUUCUACAUGGGCGACAUCGACUUCCAUCCUUUCCCUAACUUCACACAACCUGGCUCUUGGCUGCAAAUCGUGACCGGUGAGCUCCCGUCACGUUCUUCUCCGAUGGUCAGAUCGGGGAUGGCGCACUUUCGGGUCGACGCGUAUGCCGCGGUCAAGCCAUCGAGCUUUAUUCAGGUCAGGUUCGCUGACACUUCUCUGGUAGAACUGACUGUAAACGGGAAUGGAAUCGACAUUGGUCCAGACGAGAACAAUAUUGCUAUCAUUGAUACCGGCGCGUAUCACAUUGGCGGCCCAACGCAAGCCGUACAAGGAUUCUGGGCGCAGAUCAACGGUUCCCAGCCGAUCGUGAAUGGAAAGUUCACUGGGUUCUACCAGUUUCCUUGUAGCAUGAACAUCACGGCGACACUUUCAUUCGGAGGCAGGGCAUGGCCUAUCACUGCAAAGGAUAUGAAUAUCGGUUUUUCAAACUCACAACUUGCCGGAGAGCCUCUUUGCAUAGGUGCACUGUACGACCUUCAGCAAGCUGCAAUCCCAAAUCCAGACUUACCGGGCUUCUGGAGUGUGGGUGACACAUUCUUGAAGAACGUGUAUUCUGUAUUCAGAGCGGGCGGCAGUCCUGCUGUCGGGUUCGCCGAGCUGGCGUCGGAUGGCCCGAACAGCUCAAUCACCGAAGGUUCGACCACCGUAGGCUCGACCACCAUAGGUUCGACUACCGUAGGCUCGACUACCAUAGGCUCGACUACCAUAGGCUCGACUACCAUAGGCUCGACCGCUGUAGGCUCAACCACUACAAUGGCAGCUACUGCUACUGUCAACGCGUCAGUGACGGCGGGCGAGACGGCUCUUGGCACGACCGCUGCGGCAGCAGGCACUCCCAGUAGCGGUAACCUGCGUAUCACUUGCGCAUCUGUUGUCGGAGGCUUCCUCAGUACCAUUGCGAUGAGUGCGGUGACGGCGGCUUUGGCAGUUAUGGUCUGA